AUGGCUAAAUAUGAUUUCGAGCCGGGCUUGAGUGAAUAUAGCUUAGACGUAGCCUUGAGCUAUGGCCAGGGAGCCGGUGCUGUUCAAAUGUUACGAUUUGUGACUGAACAUACCAAGCUUCUUCAUAAUCCACCUUAUAGAGACUGGGGGUGCUAUAUGACAGUUGGAAAUACUUCAGCUUUGGAUUCGACAUUACGCAUGUUCUGUGAAAAAGGUGAUUGCAUCAUUGUUGAUGCGUAUACAUUCUCUACUGCCCUGGAGACCGUAUCGCCUCUCGGUAUUCAGACCGUACCAGUCCAAAUGGACAAGGAAGGUUUGAUUCCCGAAGCUCUCGAUCGCAAACUCUCAAAUUGGGAUGAGAGCAACGUCGGAUCGCGGAAGCCCUUCUUGCUCUACAUGAUCCCCACCGGUUAUAAUCCCACUGGAGCCACGCAGUCUCUUGAGCGGCGCGAGGCUAUUUAUACCGUUGCUCAAAAACACGCGCUUUACAUUGUGCACACUCGGGGGCUAGUACCAUCCUAUCUGAGCCUCGAUACCGAUGGCCGAGUUCUCCGUAUGGAUUCUCUAUCCAAAAUUCUGGCUCCUGGCUCACACACUGGUUGGGUCACGGCUUCUCAACAGGUGAUCGAGAAGUUCAUCCGCCAAAACGAGACAUCUUCACAGCAUCCAAGUGGGUACUCCCAGGCUAUCAUUUUCAAUCUUCUCAACCAGCACUGGGGUUAUUUGGGGUUCUUUAAGUGGUUGGACAAGGUCCGAUUGGAAUAUACGUGGAGACGAGACACCUUUGUCCAGGCAUGCCUUGAGUUCUUGCCCGCAAAGAUUGCAAAGAUCGAACCAUCCGAAGCGGGAAUGUUUAAGCUGCUUGCAGAUUUGGAAAAGCUUUGA